AUGAAAAAAUUUCUUGUUGCAUAAAAAUCUAUAGGAUUUAUUCGAUCAAUCCGAGAAAUCUUUGAUGAAGAGUACAACGAACAUGCUUAAGAAUAUGAUGAAAUUCUGCAUACAAUAAAAAACAGUUAAUUGUAAUUUACAGAUUCUAAUUUCCCUCCUUAAAGCAGCUCCUUAAGCUUGUCAGAAUUACCAAAGAGUAAAGUUCAUAAAUGAAAGUAGGUUGGAAAAAUUUGACAUGGAAAAGAGCAAAUGAGAUCUUUGAUGAUUAUGAUAUAUUUAAUGGAUGUAUAGAGCCGUCGGACAUAAAAUAAGGGAUUUUAGGAGAUUGUUAUUUUCUGUGUGCGCUUAGUGUGAUCGCAGAGAAAAAUGAAUUAGUAAAGCGGCUCUUUCAUAACAGCGAAGUGAGUCAAUAUGGUUUGUAUGCAGUAUGGUUAAAUAUAAAUGGAGAAUGGACAUCAGUAGUAGUUGAUGAUUACUUUCCAUGUACAGAUAAUUUACCUGCCUUUAGUAGGGCGAAUGGAUUAUGGGUUAUGCUUUUAGAGAAGGCUUAUGCUAAGGUUUAUGGAUCAUAUUUGAAUAUAGAAGGAGGGAAUCCUGCAAUAGCAAUGAGAGAUCUUACAGGAGCCCCGUAUGAGAACAAAGAGAGCGGUUCAGCUUAAGAAUUUUGGGAGUACUGUGAGCAGAAUCAUGCUCAAGGGUUCUUAUUAACAGCAUACACAAAGGAAGCCGAAUUGAUUAAUCACGAGAAUGAAUUGGGUUUAUUGGCUGGACAUGCUUAUGCAAUUUUGAAGUUGGCUAAUGUGUUGGAUUAGAACAAUAUGUAAUGCAGGAUAAUGUAAAUGAGAAAUGUAUACUACUAAAUUUAAUAUGUAGCCAUGGGGACGAGUAGAAUGGAAGGGGGAUUGGUGUGACAGCAGUAAUAAAUGGACGGAAUAGACAAAACAAUAAUAUAGUGUAGAAGACAAUGAUGACGGUAUUUUUUGGAUGUCGAUAGAGGAUUUCAGAACAUUUUUUGCAGGGAUUGGUGUUUGCAAGAUUCAGAAUGAUUACAUUUAUAAUAGCAUUCAAUGUUAGUUAAACGAAUAGAAUUGUUGCAUAAUUCAUUUAGAUAUGGUUGAGGACUCUCACAUUUAUAUCUCAUUUAAUUAGAAUGACAAUCGAUUUCAUUUGAACUAGAUCUCUGAUUACAGGUAUUCGUUUGUUAGAAUUAUUGUAUCUCAAUUGGUUGAUGACAACCUUAAAUAUAUUUCAGGUAUUUACAGGGCUGACAGAAAUGUUGUCGUGGAACAGAAUUUAAGGAAGGGUUAAUAUUUAGUAUUUAUUGAAUUGUAAUGGCAAUAUCCUUAGAUACAAAUCAUUAGUACUUUGAGCACUUAUGCAAGCAAAAAGGCCAAACUCAAACGUAUAAAUGGUUUGGAUUAUUUAAAUUCUAUUAGAAACAUAAUAAAAGAUUAUUCUGAUAAUAAUGUUCAGAAACUCAAAGAAAUAAACUAUUUGGAUCAAUAUAACAAAAACAUAUUUAAGAGAAUUGGUAUUGUUGAUGGAUAUUUAUUCCUUCAUUACUAAAAUCAAACCUUUGAUAGUAUUUUAUAGGAAGUCAUUCACUUUACUGAUACAAUUGGGUAUAUACCAAUAUCUCCUUUGUAAUCCAAUGGUUUUUAAAAGGAUGGAUCAUUGAAGGUUCAAUUUACUUCUCCACCUUAAUCUGUGGUUAUUAUUUUGUUAUCCUAGGUAAUGAUUCUUAGUGAAAAUAGGUUAGAAGUUCAAUUGGAAAAUGCUAGUAUACUCAACAAUCAUAGAGUCAAAUUACCUGCAUUCCUCAAAAGCACGAUUAAUAUGAGAAUAAUCAGUUCAUUUUAAAGUAGCUAAAUCUGUCAUAGAUGCAAUUAGUGGGAAGACACAAAUUGAAUGUCAAAUAUUAUUAAGCCCAUUUUUAGUCAAGAUCUAAGAAUUCAAAUUUAAUUAAAAUAUUUCAACCUCCACCUGAGAACGUUGAACUUUCAAGUUUGGAAACUUCCAUUUUCUAUUAUUUCCAUGAUUUCCUGUCAGGUAAUUUUUGUAUUCUUAUUUAUAGAUGUUUGGGAACCUUUUAUCUUUUAUAUCAUAAUGUUGAAUUUGAUAUCCAUUAUGAUAUUGAAUAGUCAUAGAACGCACCUAGCUCAAGUAUCAUUUAUCCUAUUUUUAGAUUAGUAAUUUACUACUUUUCAUAGGUUAAAUAUUGAGUGGUCAAAAAUAAAAAAAAUCGAUCGUUCGAAUCAUGUCUAAAGCAUAAUUCAUUUCAAUAUUUUUAGAGAUAAUAACUAGAUUAUUGAGUUUUGAAUCUCAAUAUUUUGCUCUCCCUCCAAAUCAAAUGACUGUCCUUUAUAAGUUUUUAUUAAUUAUUACUAUUCUCCUUAAUUUCUUACUUUUUGUGUGUAUACUGAAAUUCCUUAUUCAUUACGAGACUAUUGAGACUGAAAUCUUCAACCCAAUGCAAAUAAGGUAUAAAUUUCUUUUAAUUUAGAUUCAAUAAUUAUUUAAAAAAAUUGUCAAUAAUAUGA